AUGAGUCACAACCAUGGUGUGCCUGACGCGGAACGCAUCCGAGAGUUCAUUCGAGAGGUUGAGACCCGGCGAAGAAGCCACAAUCUAUAUUCGCCAGACAUAGAUCAUCUCAAACUAGAGUUUCAAGAAGAUACAGCGAGUCACCACGAAUCAGACGGAGUAAGCCGAGUCGGCGAUUAUGGUUUCCAAGCCUGGGCACGAAAUGCCCAGAAGUUAAAACCAUCGCCUGAUUCAGGAGAUUUCAUUGGUUUUGAGAAUUUAGACCAAAAACCAGCAACCAUUCUCCAAGAUGACUUGCGAAAUACUCUGGAGGAGGCUAUGCUCCCCGCGUUGCCCAAUGAUGCACAAACAUAUCUACCUCUCGGCCAAGUUGAAGCCAUCUGCCGAAGAGAUGUGGUUCGCCGCGAGCUGGUGCGGACAUUUGGAGAUGACAACCCCGAUAUAGAUCGUUUAAUUGAUUAUGUCUGUGGGAGCCAAGACGAUUCGAGUCGAGAUGAAAAUACUAGCCGGAAAAUUUUUGCCAAUCUCGUCCUCAUCCGCAAACUGGAUAAAAUAAAAGAUUUCAUGGACACUGGGAUCAAGGAUAGACAUCUACCUUUUAGGAAGUUCUCACAUGAACGAAUGAGCGAACCAUUCGCUUUAGUUAAGAGAGCUACCCUGAACAGGGAGAAAUCAGAGCCUGUGUUCUGCUUCGACAAUUGGAGUCUGGUUGAGCAGCGAGAGUUUUACGAUAACCAAUGGCGUCUACUUAGCCCCUAUUUUGACAGAGCACCUGAUGGCACGGUUGGGCUAUAUGAGCUCGACGAGCAGUGUAUCAUGCCUUGGAUUAAGAAAGGAGAAGAGAAAAGGGGCACGUUCGUUCCCGCGGCGAAUAUUGGUGGGUUCGCAAAAGUCACCAAGUUUUUCAUACAUCCAGACCAUCAUGCUUUCGACACAAAUAAGGUCGCUAUUAAGGAGCUUAUCGAAUUGGACGACACUCCAUUCCAUCAGGAGUUCAAGAACCUAAAGAGGGUCCAAACGCGAGACCACUUGCUCCCCGUGUACGCAGCAUAUCGCCGAGGUAACUUUUAUUCCUUUAUUUUUCCUUGGGCAGACGGUGGUAGUCUGAAUGACCUAUGGGCAAGGGACCCUCUUGAAUUGAAAGAAAGGGUACGUCUCGACACACACGAAGGUCGUGAUGUGCUCCAAACUAAGAAAAUCAUUACGUGGGUCGCAUGUCAGCUCUCCGGGCUCACCGGAAGGCUCGGGCUUGGAUUUUUACACGACACUCAGUUCCUAGAACCAGCGCAACCAACAUUAGUUGUUCCCAACGAAAAGGAAAAGCGAUAUGGUAUCCAUGGAGACAUAAAGCCCGGUAACAUUCUCUAUUUUGAGCAAGAUCAGAAUGGAGAUGGCAGCGGUUUAGGCCUAUUCAAGAUCUCGGACUUUGGGAUUACUGGCUUCCACUCAGCACUUACGAGGUCCCGUCAGCCCCCGACUGGUCCCCAUUCCCCAACUUACAGAGCACCGGAGUUUGGAGUGUUGGCUGCAUACCUUUCAAGGAAGUACGAUAUAUGGAGUCUGGGAUGUGUGUUGUUACAGUUUUUGACAUGGCUUAUGAGCGGACCAAACGGCCUGAGGCAAUUCGAUGAAGCCAGGCUCAACGAGAUGGACCAAAAUAACCUAAACUUCAAAGAAGACAAAUUUUUCAUGACAACCCAAAAUGGAGAGGCCGGACACAAAGUCUCCGUUCAAGAACACAUCGGAAAGUUACAGUCAAAGAUCACUAAGGGGAAUUAUCUUCAUGACUGCCUUGCGCUGAUUAGGGACAGAAUGCUUCGAAUAGAUGUUGCUAACCGCGCCAACUGCAAUGAAAUUCACGAGUGUCUCGCAUCAUACUAUAAGAAGUGCCUCCAAGACAAGAACUACGCAAUAGAUAUUUUACCAUCCUUACAAGAACCCGCAUCAUCCGCACCUAUACGGUCACAAGUUCCCGGCAUCCUCGUCACGAGCCACUCAGCCAAUGCCCCAUCCGAAGUUUCUGAUGAUACGGCUGAAGCCGACCAAGUGUCCGAUAUAUCCACGGCUACAGCUGGAAACAGAGUGAGCACUAUUGACAGUUCACCUAUGGCAAGGCACGAACAAAUAACAUUUCAAGCUAAUACAUCCGUUCCGCAUCAACAUGCAUUAAAUUUCGAGUCUAACAACACUAAAACCGAGGAAAAGCAGAAGACUAGCAAAACCAAGAGACUGUUAUCUUAUUUGAGGUUUAACCGGCUAAGAGAUUGGUCUAUACGACGAAGGUCGUCUUCGCAAUCUUCUACCUAA